CCUCCGCCUGCCCGGCCGCGCCCCCGGGGGCCAUGGUCGCGGGGCCCUGCGCGGGGGCGGCCCCCAGCGCGGCGCUUCAUGGAGCGGCCCUGGCCUGGCCGCCGGGGGCAGCGCGAUCCCGCGGGGCCCUGUGAGCCCCCAGCGCCACGGCACCAUGUUGCUGGUUGAGAAGACAACUGACUCCCCGGCGGCUGAGUUCUCGCUGGUGGAGGACGUGGCGCUGCACUUUGCCUGCUUGAUGGGCCGCCUGAACGAGCAGCGCCUCUUCCAGCCUGACCUCUGCGACGUGGACUUGGUGCUGGUGCCCCAGCGCAGCGUCUUUCCGGCACACAAGGGUGUGCUAGCCGCCUACAGCCAGUUCUUCCACUCACUCUUCACCCAGAACAAGCAGCUGCAGCGUGUGGAGCUGUCCCUGGAGGCACUGGCACCUGGUGGCCUGCAGCAGAUCCUCAACUUCAUCUAUACGUCCAAGCUGCUGGUCAACGCGGCCAACGUCCACGAGGUGCUCAGCGCCGCCUCAUUGCUGCAGAUGGCUGACAUCGCUGCGUCCUGCCAAGAGCUGCUGGACGCCCGCUCUCUAGGCCCACCAGGUCCGGGCACUGUGGCCCUGGCCCAGCCGGCUGCCAGCUGCACUCCAGCUGCGCCGCCCUACUACUGUGACAUCAAGCAGGAGGCCGACACCCCAGGCCUGCCCAAGAUCUAUGCCCGUGAGGGCCCUGACCCUUACUCGGUGCGUGUUGAGGACGGGGCAGGGACUGCUGGUGGCACAGUGCCUGCCACCAUUGGGCCAGCCCAGCCCUUCUUUAAGGAGGAGAAGGAGGGUGGUGUCGAGGAGGCCGGUGGGCCCCCAGCCAGCUUGUGCAAGCUGGAGGGUGGAGAAGAGUUGGAGGAAGAGCUUGGGGGUUCUGGCACCUACAGCCGCAGGGAGCAGUCCCAGAUCAUCGUGGAGGUGAACCUCAACAACCAGACACUGCACGUGUCCACGGGGCCAGAGGGGAAGCCAGGUGCCGGGCCAAGCCCGGCCACCGUGGUUCUGGGCCAGGAGGACGGGCUGCAGAGACACUCGGACGAGGAGGAGGAGGAGGACGAGGAGGAGGAGGAAGAGGAGGAAGAGGAAGGUGGUGGCAGUGGACGGGAGGAGGAGGAGGAGGAGGAAGAGGGUGGCAGUCAGGGAGAAGAGGAAGAAGAGGAGGAGGACGGGCACAGUGAGCAGGAAGAGGAAGAGGAGGAGGAAGAGGAGGAAGGGCCUAGUGAGCAGGAUCAAGAGAGCUCUGAGGAGGAGGAGGAGGGGGAGGAGGGGGAGGCUGGGGGCAAGCAGGGGCCACGGGGAAGCCGAAGCAGCCGGGCAGACCCCCCUCCCCACAGUCACAUGGCCACACGGUCCCGGGAGAACACCCGGCGCCGGGGUACCCCUGAACCUGAAGAAGCUGGGCGGCGGGGUGGGAAGAGGCCAAAGCCACCCCCUGGAGUGGCCUCUGCAUCGGCCCGAGGGCCGCCAGCCACUGAUGGGCUGGGGGCCAAGGUGAAGCUGGAGGAGAAGCAGCACCAUCCAUGCCAGAAGUGCCCACGAGUUUUCAACAACCGCUGGUACCUGGAGAAACACAUGAAUGUGACCCACAGCCGCAUGCAGAUCUGCGACCAGUGCGGCAAGCGCUUCCUGCUGGAGAGCGAGCUGCUGCUGCACAGGCAGACAGACUGCGAGCGCAACAUCCAGUGUGUGACAUGUGGCAAAGCUUUCAAGAAGCUUUGGUCCCUCCAUGAGCAUAACAAGAUUGUGCACGGCUACGCAGAGAAGAAGUUCUCAUGCGAGAUCUGUGAGAAGAAGUUCUACACCAUGGCCCACGUGCGUAAGCACAUGGUUGCCCACACCAAGGACAUGCCCUUCACCUGCGAGACCUGCGGAAAGUCCUUCAAGCGCAGCAUGUCCCUCAAGGUGCACUCACUGCAGCACUCAGGGGAGAAGCCGUUCAGAUGUGAGGAGCCCCUGAGUGUGUCCCUCCUUGGCCCUGUGGCCACAGGGGAGCUGUUCCUCCACAAAGGCUGCUCUUCUGCUCUGUGCCUGGGCCUCACCCCCAAACCCCACCCCCAGAACUGCAAUGAGCGCUUCCAGUACAAGUACCAGCUGCGGUCACACAUGAGCAUCCACAUUGGCCACAAGCAGUUCAUGUGCCAAUGGUGCGGCAAGGACUUCAACAUGAAGCAGUACUUCGAUGAGCACAUGAAGACCCACACAGGAGAGAAGCCGUACAUCUGCGAGAUCUGUGGCAAGAGCUUCACCAGCCGGCCCAACAUGAAGCGGCACCGGCGCACGCACACGGGCGAGAAGCCGUACCCGUGCGACGUGUGUGGCCAGCGCUUCCGCUUCUCCAACAUGCUCAAGGCCCACAAGGAGAAGUGCUUCCGCGUCAGCCACACCCUGGCCAGCGACGGCGUCCCCGCUGCCCCGGGCCUGCCCCCAACCCAGCCCCAGGCGCACGCACUGCCCCUGCUCCCGGGGCUGCCCCAGACCCUGCCGCCCCCGCCCCACCUGCCGCCCCCGCCUCCGCUCUUCCCCACCACUGCCAGCCCCGGCGGGAGGAUGAACGCCAACAACUAGCUGCCAAGCUGCACCCGUGCACCCGCUGGGGCCUGGAGUCAGGGCCCACUCCAGGAGGGACCCACUGCCUUCCCAGGGAGCACAGCAGUGCGGGCCUGGGCCCUGCUCCACCUCCAGAAGUGGCUGGAUGUACCCUGCCUGAGGCCCCGACGAGGAGGGGUAUGCAGGCUGGCAGGCCCCAGAGCUGGUGGAGGGCAUCUCACUCCCAAGUGCCCCCCCUUUCUGUGACUCCUUGAAGCCUUUACUUUUUUUUUUUUUUGGAAGUGAAGGAAAAAGAAACUAUUUACAGCACUCCCCUCCAGGUGAGGGGGGUGCUGGGGGUCUGCAGCAGAAAGAAAGGGGCCUGGGCAGCAGGUGUGGCCAGUCCCUCUGCCAAGGCCUGUGCCAGAGGGGUUGGCCAGUUGGAGCCUGGGUCAGCCUCAGCAGCCUAUCCCCAUGUCAUCUAUGCCCCUAAUUUGCUUCCUCAUCUUGGAGGGUUUGGGGAGAAGUUGGCGUGCCACCCCCACAACCCCUGAGGAGGUGUAGACCCAGUCUGAGAGCCGCAAGCACUGAGGCAGGGCCUGAGACUGGACCUGGGUGAGCGUGGGGGGUGGAGGAUGGCGAGGUGCAGAGACUGCAGACCAGUGCUUCACUGUGUGGAGUGGGGCAGGCAGGGGCUGGACCCCAGGGACUUGCCUUCCCCACCCACUCUGCUGCCAGCAGGCCCAGGGAUCCCUGACCUGCACCAGGUGGCACCAAGGGUCCUGAGUCCUGGAGAUGUCCCCAGAAGCUGCUGUGCCUCACAGCGCUGUGAGCCAGACCCUCUGUGGGCAGACAGGCUGACUGGCAGCACCAGCUUUGGGGGCAGAGUCCUAGGAUGAGGCUUGGGCAGUGCUGGUAGGGUUUCAAGGUGCUAUUAGUGGGGCUGGGGCAGGGGCAGGGCGGCUGCUCACAGAGCACCCCAGUUCCUCACCAGCUACUCUGGCCAUAUAUCCCACACCAGAAGGAACAAGUGUGGCUGUGUCCAUCUCUGCUCCCCCAAAGGCCCGCUCUAGGCCUUAUCCUCCCUCUAGGUCCUGCCACAACCUGUCCCUGGCUGGCUCCAGCAUCCUCGUCCCUCCUGGGCCUAGGCACCGGUGGGUGGGGCGCCCAUAGCACUGCCGGUAAAGGAGCCUGCAUGUUCAGGCCCCUCGGGGGAUUGGGGGGACUGGGGAGGCGCAGCCUAGACCCAAUUGCUUGCCCCCAUGAGGCUAGCACUAAUAGGAAACCCUUUUUUGUUGUCAUUUAAUGUCUUUAUUCCUGCCUUUAAUAUGGGGAGGAAGGUUCCAUAAGCUACAUGUUUCCUAGUUAAGCUCUUUCCUAUUGUGUUUAUACAGUUUUGUUUGUUAUACUCUUUGCACCUUAAACCCCCACCACUCCCCGACACUAUUGCCUUCCCAGCAUGGCUGGAGUGGGAAGAGGCUUGGGCCCCAGGGGAAUGGUUAGGGGGACUGAACCCCUCUGACCUUAUGAGGCCCAUGGCACUGGGGCAGGGAGCUGGGGACAUUUUAAUCAUCAAUAAACGAAGCACUUUAUUCUGUA